AUGAGGAAUUCGAGGAGCAAUAGAGAUCCUAACAAAUAUUGUAAAUUUCAUAAAGAUAUUAGGCAUACAAUCAACGAAUGUCGCCAAUUGAAAGAUGAGAUAGAGAGUCUUAUCGCUCGAGGCCAUAUUAAGCAGUAUGUGAAUAGACAGGCCCUGCGAUACAACCAGCCCCGUCAGCUUGAUAACCCAAAUAACCGUAGGUUACAACCUAUUCCUGUGGAAGGAGAGAACAUCCUAGUCAUUUCCGGAGGGCCGCAUAAUGUAGGGGAAAGCAAUAAUGCUCAUAAGAGAUAUGUGAAGGAGAUAAAGAACGAGCAGUCUGUCUUUGCCCCAAAACCUUCCAAGAAGGUGAAAAUCGAGGAACCCCCCAUUACGUUCACGGAGGAAGACGAUAAGAACGUGAGAUACCCUCACGUCGAACCGCUGGUCAUAACAAAUCAACUCACCAAUAAGAGGAUCAAGAGAGUGUUAAUAGGUAAUGGGAGCUCGGCGAAUAUCAUUUAUAAGGAGACUCUAAAGAAAAUUGGGCUCGGAAAGGCUAAGAUAAGGCCUUGUAUGGUGAAUCUUUGCAGAUUCAUCGAGCAUAGCAUCACUAACCUUGUCAUAAUUGAGCUCGCAUUAACUAUAGGAGAGUAA